ACAUUUUAUUGUAAAUGUUAAUAAAAGACCUACCUCAUCCUCAUUCAUAAUCAACACACUCUAUAUAUAUAAACCACUAAACCCAAACUUUUUUAUCACACUAAACAAAACAAAUUCCUAGUAACAAUGGAAUCUCGUUUGCUCUUUCUCAUUGCAGUAUUAUUCUUUCUUCAAUCACUCCUUGUUGCUUCUCAGAACCUAUCAAACUCUUCAACAAUCUGCAAAACGACGCCGGAUCCAAAAUACUGCAGAUCUGUUUUCCCACACAGCCAAGGCAAUGUUCAACAAUACAGCCGUUUCUCAAUCCGCAAAUCGCUAUCGCAGUCGCGGAAGUUCAUUCGUACGGUUGAUAAAUAUUUAAAACGCAACGCUCAUAUAAGUCAACCCACCGUUAUCAGAGCUCUCCAAGACUGCCGUUUCCUCGCCGGUCUAACCAUGGAUUACCUCUUAGCGUCGUUUCAAACAGUUAACGUCACGUCAGCGAAAUCAUCCUCAUCCUUCAAAACGUUAUCGUUUACAAAGGCUGAAGAUGUCCAAACGCUUCUUUCCGCAGCUUUAACUAACGAGCAGACAUGUCUGGAGGGACUCACCACCGCCGCUUCAUCUUCCGCCACGUGGGCAGUACGAAACGGAGUUGCUUUGCCUCUAGUCAACGACACGAAGCUCUUUAGUGUUUCACUCGCUCUCUUCACUAAAGGAUGGGUCCCAAAGAAGAAGAAACGGGCCGGGCUUGAUUGGGCACACCCAAGAUACGGAUCAUCUACCCACACCAAACCAUUCCGUCUGUUCCGUAACGGAGCUCUACCGUUGAAAAUGACAGAACGAACGAAAGCCGUAUACGAAUCUCUAAGCAGGCGAAAACUCGCCGACGGAGACGACGGAAGCAUGGUGUUGGUAAGCGAUAUAGUCACCGUGAGUCAAGACGGAACCGGAACCUUUACCAAUAUCACGGCGGCCGUCGCGGCUGCUCCGAAUAACACCGACGGAAGCGGCGGGUUCUUCUUGAUUUACGUGACGGCGGGGAUCUACGAGGAAUACGUUUCUAUCGCAAAGAACAAAAAGUAUAUGAUGAUGAUCGGCGACGGCAUUAAUCAGACGGUGAUUACGGGGAAUAGAAGCGUCGUAGACGGUUGGACAACUUUCAAUUCCGCCACCUUUGCUGUGACUGCACCGAACUUCGUUGCGGUGAACAUGACUUUCCGGAACACGGCCGGACCGGAGAAGCACCAGGCGGUUGCGUUACGGAGCGGUGCAGACUUCUCAGUCUUCUAUAGUUGUAGUUUCGAGGCCUAUCAAGAUACGCUCUACACGCACUCUCUAAGACAGUUUUAUAGAGAAUGCGAUGUCUACGGAACGGUCGAUUUUAUAUUUGGAAACGCAGCUGUUGUGUUUCAGAACUGCAAUCUCUAUCCGAGAAAACCGAUGCCCAACCAGUUCAAUGCAAUCACUGCACAAGGCCGGUCUGAUCCGAACCAGAACACUGGUACAUCGAUCCAAAACUGUACGAUUAAACCAGCGGAUGAUCUUGUUCUUAGUAACUAUACGAUUGAAACGUAUUUGGGUCGACCGUGGAAGAAUUAUUCCCGGACGGUUAUCAUGCAAUCGUACAUUGAUGGUUUUGUCGAACCGGUUGGAUGGAGAGAAUGGAACGGCGAUUUUGCAUUAAGUACGUUAUACUACGCGGAGUAUAACAAUACAGGACCUGGUUCAAACACUACAGCUCGUGUUACAUGGCCCGGUUAUCACAUGAUUAAUUCGACUGAUGCAGCUAAUUUUACAGUCACUGGUUUGUUUCUUGAAGAUGAUUGGAUUUGGAAGACCGGAGUGCCUUACACCAGCGAUUUGAUUUCAUAACAGUUUUUUUUUGUUACUCUUAAUUAUUUCUUUUUAUUAAUUUGAUUUGAAUUAAGAAAACAGAUGUAUUCUUUACGUUGGAACUGUAACAAACCGAAAACCAAGCUCAACGCGAAACAAGUGUAGAGCUUUAGUAAUGCAACUGUAAACAAUUUAUGCCCAAACAUGAAAUUAGUAUCUAAGUUAAAAUU